AUGUCUGAGGCGAAUUCUUCAGCUGCUAAUGCGUCUUCUGAUGAAAAUCAACAAGAAAAUAACCAAAUAGAGUUGUUACGGUUAAAAAAUUCAAAAAAUAAUGACAGUUAUAGCAUGUGGAAAACGCCAGCGCGAAAAGUGCCCGCAAAGGUGAACGCCACCCGACCCUAUCUUUCGCCGCCAUUUUCACAAGAAAUUUACAAUCAUUUUAUCAGUUCGUUAAAAAUUGGAGAGCCAGCUUAUCCGACUACAAAAGAGCUACGGGACCUGCAGUUUUAUACUAGCAAAGGAACUUCGCAUCGAAAAAGGUUUAGAAGACUUUUGGCGGGUUUUGAAAUUCAUGUUGUCCAAGGCUCCCUCGUUUUCAGCCCAAAUUUGGAAGAAGAUGUUCUCGUCUACAAACGGACCGGGAAAAUUCUCGUCAAAAAAGAGGUCGUGGAAAAAAUUGUCCGCAGAGCACAUUUGUGGGGAGAUAAUGAAGCGAAUGGGGAGGAAAUGGACGAAAUUAACCACUAUGAUAAUGGUACAUUAACAAUUAAUAGAAAUAAAAUACUUUGUUUGAAAUUCCCAGCAUUAGAGUGCAGAAACUUGGCUUAG